UCCACGAGCAAGCAACUACCAGAACUCCCUGGUGGCUGAAGUGACCUCUCUUUCGUUAACUUUCUUAUGUGUUUCUCCUGGCUUUAACUACCACGACAUUUAAUACUCAAAGAGACUUUAGGAAUUAAUUCCUAGCAACUGUUUUACCUUUGGGUGUUUUGCUGUUCUCUCUUGUGUGGUUCAUGUUAUUUCCCAUUUAUUUUGAUUCUCUUUUGUUGAUCACCUUGAGCCUCUGUGUUUGUGACUCAUACAGCUUUGAAGCCUCCCAGGAAGCUUCGCCGGCACAGGCACAGGGUAGCUUUAGAUUGCUUCCCCACUGCUGCAUCAAUCAGACUAUGCAUUGUGAAGAGACAGACAAUGUAAACUUCACAAAAUGAAUUCAGUACUAUAUGAGCGGUAGAAUGUGGAGCAAUACAGUAACAGGGAGCAUACAAGUAAGAAAACAUCAGACAUUAAGAAAACAUCACAUCCACUGCUAGGAAGUAAUCUUGUUUGUUGUGACAUUUUGAUAGAGGACAUUAUAAUGUACUGUAUUGAUCAGCGUUUGCUCUUGCCCUUUUGUUUGUUUGGCAGCCCUGUAAAUAUACGGGACCGUUCUUUAUUUUCAGAAAACAAACUUCCAAGCUACAAGGCUCAGGGUGAGCGUUUUUAUAUCAUUGGUACUUUCAUUUCUACUGGGAAUAGAAUGGAAAUCCAACCCUCUUCUUUAAAUCUCUUUGAGGAGUUGAGUUGCAGAAGGGACCCCAGCACUAUUUGAAUCACAAGCAUUACAACCCCUUCUUUCUGUAGACAUGUUUGGAGUCUUCCAUACUGUAUUCAUUCUUUUUUAAAGGAAAGCAAGAUAAUUCUGCCAGUGUCCCUUCAUUUCUUUAUGUACUUACACCUUUAAAUAUGAUUAAAUCCCCUCUCAGUGCUGAACAAAAGCUUCCUUUUUUAUGCUGCUUCUAAAGUGUGUUCUGACAAGCCGUUUAAUUGACAAGGCAGUAUACAAACCACGACUGUCAAAUUUGUGCUAUCUCUGGGAAAAUGACUUGAGUUUAUUAUCAGACUUGGAUGGGAUUGGAACUCACUACCCAGAGAGAAAGUCUCCUCAUCCUCCUUCCAGUCCACUUAGUAAUACAGAAAGUUACUCCUCCUUGUAAUACAGAAAGAGCCCAUGCAGUCAGGGGCAUUUGUAAAAGGCAAAGAGCAUGGAUUAAGAGGAUUAACCAAAUAAACACCUCCUCCAUUGUAAUCCAACCCUAAUCACAGAGCCAUGUUCUAAACAGAGGUGGCCCUGUUUUCUAAUGGGUGUUUGAGUUCAAGAGAUUUUUCAACCUUGAUAGCGUUUUAAUCAUAUUGUAGCCUGUUCAACUGUAACUCAUUUUUGUUUAUUUAUUUUUAACCAGGAAAUAAAAGUGAUAUAUUUAGUACAGACGGAUGUGUCCUAAUUGUUUCCUGUGGUAAUUUUGGCCUUUCAGAAAAAGUGAAUUGCCUUUCAUCAGCCUGUUAUCACGUUGCAUUUUGGGUUUUAGAUGUUUUAGAUGGGUGAGGUGAUUUCUUUUUUUUUGUGUGAAGUACCGGUUUUGCUGAACAAGAGGAAGUAAGGUGGCAAGAUGUGACAAGAGGAUAUAGGUAUAUUAUAAAUCAUGUACACUGUAUAAGAAAUCACUACUGCAUAGUAAAGUAAAAAAAAAAGUUUCUGUUUAAUAGUAGUUUAAUUGUGAUUAAUUAUCAUACGUCAUGUGUAGAGUGUCUUAAAACAAAUAUUACAGCUUGAGCAACCAGAACCUGCAACGACCUCCACACAACGUAUAAACUGAUCAUAUCGGUUAACGGAAUAGAGGGGAAGUAUACGGUGAACCACUGUUGCAUAUCUAGCUUAGAAGAUACCUUUCACAAACUCAGGUACCUGUACAAUGUGUUGAUACACCUGACUGUGAUUGACAGCGAGUUCAAGAUUUUUUCUGUCUUUUGAGUGAAGACACACCUUGGGAGUCGCUUGUGCGUAACAGCAGUAAAGUAGCCAGGCACUAUACAGUAGGUUUGGAAGUGGAAUGAUGAAUUGCCUCUACACAGCCUACUAGCCACUCCAAGUGAUAAAAGCUAUACAGAUGUUAAGUAUGAAAUGAGUUGAGAGUUCAAGUAACUACUCUCACUUUUGGAGAACACCGACAUGAACCAGCCUGCAGUUUCGUAGCAGUGGAGAUGUGUAAAAGCUCUCAUAUUGGUAACAUCCCACCGGCUGAGAGUGGGAGCCUAUAAGUAUGCUUGUUUGAAGGUUCAUUGCUUCAGUAUGUGGAGGAGUCCAUUAAACAUUGUGCAAUUCUUGGUAAUGCUUAUAGCAUCUAGUAGCACGGUAUGGGGAAUGGUGUUUUGCAAUUUAAAAUAAUAAAGAGACAAGUAUGUUUUAAUUAUUUAUUACGUUUCAUGAAGCUCAUUUACAUCUUUUGUAACAAACAAAAGCAGAUCAACCGAAUAUCACCCAAACUCAAUUAGCCUCCAAAACCCAGGAGUGCAGAUGAUUAGAAUGCCAGGAAUUUGAAUCAGGUUUUUAUCAAUUUUAUUCUCCUCUUAAGUUUCCUCAUCGGGCUUUAGAGAAGUGUGUGGGCUGCUGUGAGACCUGGAAAAAAAACAGCGUGCACAUUUAAGAGACCUCAGAGAUGGGCAUUAUCAGUGUAACAGAUAGAGGGCUUGGAAAUGGAGAGCAUCAUGCUUUUCAGAACUGUGGGAUUGCAGUGUAGUACAGGAGUGCAUGCCUUUGAUGUUCUAACAAUACAAAACAAAGGACAAUUCAGACGCCUCAUGCAACAAUGGACAAUGGAUUGUUUUUCUACACAUCCCUAACUUUAAAAUUACCAGAACACUAAUACCAAAAUCUAUAGUAUAGCACAUUCUUUUCUAAUAGUGGAAGAAUGUAUGCAUGUUUUUAUAUGGACUGAACUUUAAAUUGUGCAGUAUAGUGGGUAAUAGUAUAGUAUACUGUGCUGCUUUGAUAGGCUUGUAUAGAGAAGAGAGCAGUAAACCAAAGGGAUGUAACCCAAGGUAGCUCAUGUGCAUUAUUCAUAGCGUGCAUGUUAUAUUAUAGAAAUUACUGUAAGGAUAUUAGGGGAGCGAUCAUCUGCAAUUCUAAGGAACAAAAUACUUUAUCAUUAAUCUAAAUACUUAAUCUAAAUUCUUCAUUAUGGAACUGCUGUAGGUUUACUGUCAGUUUUAAUAGCACUGUGCAUAUUUUAUUGCUAGUAGAGAUUCACACAUUAAUGUGUUACAGUGGUUCAGAUAACACCAUUCAACUCGUUAGAGCGACAAUCUCACAGGGUGCGCAAAACUGAAUUUGCUUUAAAGCAACUUGCCUUUGUAUCUGGGCAAUUUUACACAAACCUCCCACAAUGUGGGAUGUCCUUUUUUCCACUCAAAUUAACUAUUGACUAAGGCAAGGAUGAUAGAAAUCCUCUAUUUACUUCCUUUACAAGCAUAUUCAGUUUUGAGUGUGAUAUUGGUAAUUUAAUUCACUUUGUGCUUUACAAGCUGUAUGAAGAGACUAGAUCUGGCUGUAAGACUGGUGAGACUAGAAUGUCAGCAUGGUGUGGACUGAGUUGACUGACACCACUGUGAUAUGUUUCCAUGACCUGUGGUUAGCUCUUGGCAUUCAGUAACAUUGCAACUGUUUGCUUGACAAUGUGCUAAUAUGUUAUUUUUUUGUUUAGUCUCAUAAUUGCAGAAAUCAAUAAAGAAGCAAUUAAUAAGAUUUGCAAUAAAUACAAUAACAUCACUGCACCAGAAUAUAUUUCCUGCCUGAAGUAAUCACCAAUUAUAUACAGCCACUCUUUGUAAUUAUUCCUACUUUCCGUUAUCUCCUUCUCAUUUAAAUAUACUGGAUUCUACCUUUCUCUUAUGUCUACAAUUACCAUGUUUUUACGUCAGUUUGCUCGCUGACAUAUUUACCUUAUUUUCUGACUUAAUAACAUUUUACAGUGUAGUAAAGUUUGGAUCAUAACCCCUUUUUAAUGGAUUUAUGCUCAUUCUAAAGCUGGAAAAUUGAUAGCUGUGGCAUGUUGUCAAAUUAGACCUCCUCCAGCCGGAUUGCCAAGUGUUAACUAGACUUUCAAACCAUGGCGUCUUCUCAAGAAGCUCAGAAUCCAUUCUCUGCAUGGAUGGCUCGAAUAUCUGAGACCAUAUCCACCACAUUUCUCAGCCUUGGUCAGGGGACAGCUACUGGGGAUGAAAACGCUGACCCCAAUGCAAACGACUCUGACAGCCUCAAAUCUGAUUCGGAUAUGGACGACAUCCCUGAGGAGUCUGAGGAUGAAACUCAGAGUGUGGGGAGCACAGAUUCACUGCAACCUGCUGGUGAUGUUCAUGUGGAACCAAACAAUGACAAUAGCUAUCAAAGCAGUGCCAAUGGAGGCGUUGACAUCUCUCAUUCAACCCAGCAUGAUAACGUUUUGGUGCAAUCUGCUGGCUCAGAGAUUGACUACCAGGCCUUGACUGAUGAGCAACUUCUAGACAGGCUUUCUACCAUUCCUGAAGAGACUGAACACCUGGAUAACCGGAUAAGAGACCUUCAGGGGGAUAUUACAAGACAUGAGCUUCCAAGCAAUGACAGAGACAGGUUGAGUAAGAGUUACCACGAUACCCAUUCCUACAUUGAGGAUGACCGCUUAUCGAUGGGCUGCCAUGUGGCUUCUGAGAGGGGAGGUUCAGGGCUGCGCAAGGUGUCUGGGACAGAAGGCAGCAUCGCCUCCAGUCCCAGCAGACAGGCCACCAAGGGAAGCCUGGAGAUGGAGACAGCCUUUGACAACCAGGGCUAUGACGUGAAUGAGCCGACAGACAGCUCAUCAGCCUGGAGCCCUGAGGUAUUGUGGAAACCUCUUCUUCUUUGCAGAUACCUUUUCUACGAAUAUGAACAGGAAGUUACCGAUGGACCUUCCCAGCAGCCCGACACGCACAAACCCAUAUCAAAGUGCGGGGAACUCAUUAUUAUACUUGACUACAAGGCUGACAGCCAGAAACUGCUGGUAACCGUCGCGACCGCGAAGGACAUCCCAGAUAAGGACCGCAGCGGAGUAGACACCUGGCAGGUUCAUGUGGUCCUCCUGCCCAGGAAGAAGCAGCGGCACAAGACUGGGGUGCAGAGGGGCUCCACGCCCACGUUCAACGAGACCUUCCGCUUCAGCAAGCUGGAGGCAGACGAGCUGGAACACUACGCCCUGCGCUUCCGUCUGUACGCUGUGCGCAAGAUGACCCGCGAGAGGAUGAUGGGAGAGAAGCUGUUCUACCUGAGAAACUUGAACGUGGGGGGAGAGAUGGAGGCUGUGCUAGUGCUGGAACCGCGGAGCAACAUGAGUCAAAGCUUACUUUUGACGAAUGUAAACCAACUGGACAAGAGCGGUGAUUCCCAGGUGAGCUUGUCUGCCAUCUCCCACAGCGAUAGCGCCUCAUCUACGCAGUCCCUGUCUCACAGAGGCGUCCCAGAGCUCCUCGUUGGCCUGUUGUACAACGCCACCACGGGCCGGCUCUCCAUCGAGGUUAUUAAAGGCAGCCACUUCCAAAACCUAGCCCUCAACCGACCACCCGACACCUACGUGAAACUCACGCUUCUGAACUCGGUGGGUCAGGAGAUCUCUCGGUGCAAGACAUCUAUCAGAAGGGGCCAGCCCAACCCCAUCUACAAGGAGACCUUCAUCUUCCAGGUGGCUCUCUUCCAGCUCUCUGAUGUUACGCUCAUGAUCUCCAUCUACAACCGCCACACCAUGAAGCGCAAGGAGAUGAUCGGCUGGGUCUCCCUGGGCCAGAACAGCAGCGGGGAGGAGGAACAGAACCACUGGUUGGACAUGAAGGAAUCCAAGGGCCAGCAGGUGUGCCGGUGGCACGUCUUACUUGAAUCCUAGACUUCCAUACGAAAGUCCAAAGAAGGUCCUCUAAAGUUGGUGCCCUUGUACGAAUCCAUGAGGACCAGUGUGGACUUCUAGAACUGGCCGCUUCUUAGCUGGUGCUAAGAUGAGUUCUGUGGCUUGUUUGCAUUUUGAUUACUUUUCUCUCAACCAGAACCUACUUCAGACCAGUUGCUGCAGCGCAUUCAGAAUUACACAUGAGGCAAUCCAGGUUUGAUGUAACAACGGUUUGUUCAGAUGAAAGGUCAUUUAUUAUUAUUCACUGUUAUAAGUCCUCACGAAUAAAGAAUUAUUCAGACAUGAGGUGACCUAAUGAACUAAAUCAUUACCACCAAUUCUUGUGCACUUGCGAUACAUU